GAUGUCUGUCCCAGUAAAGUGUGAGACGACAAUGGUGAUGCCUCGCUGGCCGUGAAUGUGUUUCUACGUGCGCCUGAGCCGAGCCUUGGUGGGCAAUCUCCUCACCAGAAUCUGGUCCGAUCUCGUCGAUUCGAUCGCCAUGUGCAAAAGACGGUGCAUCUACAGGUGUGGAAUGGUCGUCUCUGGCUACGACGACGUCGGACCGACCAACGAGGAGAAUAUCAACAUGGAUUUCGACGUCGAUCAGUCUGAUUUGGCGAAUCAAAUUGAGGACAAACCUUGGUACCACAAGACUGAUAGAAGGAAAGCUCAAGAAAUGGUUUUUUCAGGUGGAAAUGGGUGUUUCCUUGUAAGACCAUCUUCAAAGCAUGCAUUGACUUUGACAUUGUGGUACAAUAAUAGAGCAUACAAUAUUCCUAUUAGAAAACGAGAAGAUCAGAAAAUAUCCCUAGGCAAUAGAAAACCUAAUGAAAAGUUUUUUGAAACUAUCGAAGACCUCAUUAUGUUUUAUCACAGUGAAGAACUGAUUUUGUUCAGCCGAGGGGAAAAGACCGGAAAAUGUGCCCUCAGGUGUUGUCCAGCGCAAGUGUCCAAAGUGCAAAGACAUGUCAUUAUCGAGCUCAUGCCUGAGUAUAUCAUACAUAUUUGAAAUGGUUUUAUAAACGAACUAUUUUUGUGUAAAUGACUACUCCAAAGAAUCUGGAAGUGUGUGAGAGUAAAAAACUUUGCAUUUCAUUUUAGGAGAUCAUAUUAUUUGUUUUAUGUUCUCUGCGAGUAAAUUUAAUUGUAAUAUAAAUUGCUAUCGUUUAAUUUUUUUAUGCUGUUAGUUUUAGAAAAAAUAAUUUAUAACAUUUAUUCAUAUUUAGUCAUUUUAAGUAGCCCUUAUAGAUUUCAUUGCAUUCUAUUUCUAGUUUUAAAUCUUUGUUAGUUAAAAAAAUCUUUAUAAAAGUAUUUUUUGAUUGUAAAAACUCUGUGAUA